AUGAGUGGCCUACCUACCAUCUCUCGUGAAGAGAAUCGUCGCCCGUAUGGUCCACGGUCGCGAAAUGGCUGCCUGACGUGUAAACGCCGCAAGGUUCGAUGCAAUGAACGCAGACCUCGAUGCUAUCAUUGCCAGCGUCUCAAUCUGGAAUGCGAUUGGAAAGCUACCCAGCCCCGACAGACCCCCUUGGAAAACGACGCCGAUCCGUUCAAGUCAAACGUCACUUUGGAGGUGAACCAGCUGUCGCAGGGUCCUCACAUGUUUGACUUUCAAUCCAUGACAGCUCCCACAGAGGGCUUUUCCAUGUUCCAAAAUGUCUAUUUUCCCGACUUUGGUGAUUUUACCACCUUGGGAAACGCUUCCUAUGAGCAGGCGCGAUCUAGCGAUGCAGAUUCCCCGAAUUCAUCUAAACCCCAACGACAGUCACCACAACAAUCCCCCAACGCCAAUCCCGAUGUCGAAAACCCACUACAUUUACACUUGCCACCAAUUCUUGAUCCGGUGGAGAAUGGCCCGAGAUGCGCUUCGGCGCGGGAACUGCUGGAAAGCAUGGCGGCCUCUUCCCCGAUGCUCCGAUCUUCGAUCGCGGCCUUUGAAGCCAUCCAGUCCGGAAGUGCGGGAGCGAUAGCGGACUACCAACAACACUACGACAACGCUGCAACAGAGUUGUCGCAAAAGUUUGAAACAUCCGCGGGGGAAAUUAUAAUCAGCAAUAAUGAGCUCAGAUACGUUCUGGCCACGAUCUUUUUUCUUACAUACAUAAAUUUCCUUACUGCACGACUGGAUCUAGCCUAUUUGAAUCUCGGGAAGGCGCAUAACGCCCUGCAAGCAUCCGAGAGGGGUGCAUUAGGCUCCACGGAGCUACGAAUCAUCUCUUGGAUUCGGUUGUUAGACGCCCGAGCGGCAUCGGCCGGUGGGGAAGGAGUCUUGGUCAAUGACACGUCGGGAAUCUACACAUGUACCUCGCCCCAAAAUUCGGCCUCCCCGAGCUCAACCCCGCAAAGCAUGAGCUCCACCACCAAUCCCGGGGCGCACGAGGUGAUUUAUGAUUUGCUCUGCCAGCCAGGGAUAGCGUUCUUUAUGGAAGUCCAGACCAUCACCGGUCGUAUCACCAGAAUCGCUCAUAAUCACCGUAGCCGAGGAAGUGUGGAGGACGAGACUGAGGUCAUGGCUAUUGCCGCGGAUAUUCUGUCGGAUCUGGCAUCCUUGUAUGACCGGCGACCACCACUGACAGACCAUGCUGUGGCCGGCAGUAUUGGCAACGAUACUCUGGCCGAGCCACUCGCGUCUACUAUUGUUCGCUCAUUCCAGACGUAUAUGGCUAAUUUUUACGCCUGCUACAUUCACCUGCAUCGAGUCGCACACCGUCAUUUGGUUCGUUCCAAAGCAGCGGUGACUGCACUAUCCAAAAUCAAGGAAAUAGUACAUUGCAUGGUCAACAAUAAUGAAUCUAUAUCGGUCAACAUGUUGUGGCCACUAUUUCUAUGGGGUACUGAAGAAGACGACUAUGACGAAUUUCAAUGGAUCCUUGAGACCAUUCGUGGUCUUCAACAUGUCUUCACCAACGCGAACAUGACCGCCGACGUGCUGCAGGAGACCCAACGGAGACAGCGUGAGGGAGGCAAGCGGGUUGACAUUCGUUCAGUGUGCCUGGAGUUAUUCUAUACCACAUUCGCUAUUGUUUGA